AUGCAUAGGCGUCGAGACUUUAUCCUCAUCCUUGCUAGAUGCUUACUCGCAUACGGCGCUCCAUCUCAUCGUAUCGAGUCUCAGCUCUCUUUCGCGUCCAAGACACUUGACGUUCACGCCGCCUUCAUGUACAUACCUGGACUCAUCAUGAUCACCUUCGGCCAUGAAGAAACUGCAUCUGUCGAGACGCGUUUCAUCAAAGCUACAGGCCGCAUCUCUUUGACGCCUCUGCACAGGGUGCACGUCGUCUAUCGGGACGUUCUCCGCAAAACGCUGAGCGUCAAAGAUGGCAUCUCCAAUCUCAAAGACAUCCUUCAGAGUCCCCCCGUAUAUGGACUCGCGUUCAGGUGCUUCCUGUCGUUCGUGUCAGCAUCGGUUAUUUGUAUGUCCGCUUUCGGCGGCUCAAUCAUCGACAUGGGCUUCAGUGGGAUCUGUGCGGCGUUUUUGCAGUACCUUGGAUUGCACGCCGCUGCUAAAAGUGCGAUGUAUGCAAACGUGUAUGAAAUCACGGUGUCUAUCCUCGUGUCUUUCGUAGCUCGCGCGUUGGGAUCUAUCCCGGGCAACAUUUUCUGUUACAACGCUAUAUCGUCCGCCGGCGUUGUCACUAUCCUUCCGGGAUUUACCAUAUUGAUUAGCGCCCUGGAGCUUACAUCUCGGAAUAUUUUCUGCGGCUCCGUCAGACUGGUGUAUGCUAUCAUUUACACCCUUUUCUUGGGCUUUGGCAUGACAAUUGGUUCAGACGUAUACCUUGUAGUGAACAAGCAUGCCCGGCACGCACUGGAGGCAUUAAGCGUACCGGAGUACACCAUGUUUCAUGGCGCGUUCACACCCAGCAAUGGGUCUUUCCCGCUGAACGGCAAUGCUAUCUUCGGCUUCGCGAAUGCGACACUGACAAAUUCGGGGAUUACUCAGCAGGGCUGUUUGCGCGACCCGAGCUGGCCAUGGUGGCGCCAGCCCGUCCCCUGGUGGGGCCUUUUCAUCCUCGUGCCCAUAUAUUCGCUUUGCUCCUCUAUGGGCAAUCUGCAACACUGGCGCAGCCGUCAAUUGAUUGUCAUGGUUGUCUUCUCGUGCAUAUCAUACGCGUCCAAUCACAUCGUCAACAAGUUGCUGCCUGGCCGGAGCGAUAUUGUCUCUGGCGCUGGAGCGCUCGUCAUUGGUUUGCUGGGUAAUGUGUACUCCCGGCUUGUGCAUGGAACUGCGUUCACAUCAAUGGUUACUGGUGUACUUUUCCUCGUUCCGUCUGGUAUUGCCCAAGGAGGUGGCCUUCUGUCUAACCAGUCUUCGGAGCAACAGUACUCUGCCGGCUUUGACCUUGCCAUCCGUAUGAUAGAAGUUGCUAUCGGAAUAACGGUUGGGCUUUUUGUCAGCCAAAUCUUGGUGGUGAUCAUUGGUAGGAGUAAGAAGGUUGCCUACUUUGCCUUCUAG